UGUGCGGCUGGAGGUGCUAAGCGCUAAGCUAACCGAUUAAACGGCUUUUAAAUGAAGUCAGCGUUUGCGAACAACGCCCGUUUUCAUGUUUUGUAUCUAUUUAUUUAUGAUUUUUGGCAGAAACCGGACUAUCCACGCUUAAAGAAACGCAAACAGUCGCCUCGGGAGAUAUUUCUAAAUGCAGAGCUCGCUCAGGGCAGGACGGCUAGCAUGACAUAACAGCUUAACGUUCGUGUUGGCAGCCCGCUGUUUUUCCUCCUCAGUCUCUGAGCUGCUUCUCCAACAGCAGUUGAGCUAGCUGAAAUCAUUAUUUCUCCAGCUCUGCACUCCUGCUCCUCCAACAGCACCGACAUGAGGAGCGUUCUCCUGGCCGGACGAAGGCUGGGGUGGUGAAGCUGCUGGAACUGGGAAGCUAAGGAAGCUCUCCCUCCUCUUCUGUUGGGGAUGCAAGUUCUGAAGGAGACUCUCUUCUACUCAAACUUCAGGCCAUGUUUGGAGGUAGAGGAUGACGAUGACCGGGAGCUGCUGGUCCAGGAACAGAAGUCUUGUCGAGCUCGUGCCCGCAAAUUCUCCUCAGAGACAAACCGGCGGAGAAAGGUGCUGGAGGAGAGGAGGAGGCAGUGGGAUGUUCAGGAGCAGAGACUGAGGGAGAAAAUUCUGCAGCAGCGUAAGCAGAGGGUGCAGGAUGCUACAGAGCGCUUUCAGAGAGCACACCUCCCUCUGUCCCAAAGGAGGAGACCAGUCUCUGGUAAAAGAGCCCCUAACUUAGAGGAAGCACUCAUGCAUAUUCAUGGUACUCUCCACUCUCCAUUUUUAUCCAGUGCCUCUGCCAUCAACAGGAGCUGCACUCCCUCCCCUAAGCCUCCAGGGGGCUCCAGUGGUCCUCGCAGCCUGCGAGCGGUCUCUGCAGCCGAAGCCUAUGCCAAGCUCAUGCAAGAGAGAAGCCUGAGUGACUUCAAAAGCAACCAGCUGCUCUCCUUCAAUCAGCUGCAGGAGACAGAGGACCAACAGCAGGCCUGCCCACAGGACCCCCAAGACACUCCAGCUAGCCGUUCAGAAAGCCUGUCUAGCCUGGACAGCCUGGAGAAUGAGGUCCUUCAGCAGGGUCAUGACAAUAGCCCUGCCUGCUCCAGUUCCUCUCUGGAUCCUCUAGAGGUCAAGGAUGUCACAAGACCACAGCAACAAAACCACCUGUGUGCAUCAUCUGACCACAGUCCAAUAAAGAGCUUCCUAAAGGAAGUAUUAAGUCAGCAGGGCAGCCCCAGUCCUAGUUCCCCAUCUCUUUCACCCAGGGAGGAUGAUGGGUCAGCAGAUGAAGACCAGAAUCUAUGGGAUCUCACACAAGCAGUGGAGCAAUGCAACCUGACUGACCAAUCAGAAGGCUAUCAGAAGAUAGACACCCAGUCUACUCUCAGCUGCCAAAAUGUGCAAGCUCAGCAGAACCUAGCAGCUUGUUCAGGACAUACGGCUAACGGCUGUUUUGAAAAUGCUGCUCCAGAGAAAAUUUUGAGAGACAAAAGCAUCGUAGUCACCCACAGCAAAACAUGCACUGUGCCACAUAGCACACCUCAAGCAUUCAAGAGUCUGACUCAGGAAUCAAAGUUGCAGGGAAAAAUGCUGGAGGAGAAAUAUGCUAAAUGUCCAUCGGAGACACAAGCUGAUCAGCUAACUGGGAGAUGCAGACACAGAGACAGUUUUUUCCAGGCUUCAUCCAGCACUGCUGCUGAUGUGAACACAGCUUCUUCUCAUUUUGGCAAUCUAGCCUUACAACCAGUAGAAUCAGAGGGUUCUUUUGAGUCGUGUAAGAAGAAACCAGACUGUACCGCCCUCCAGAGGGAAACUCAACCUGAGAGCUAUGAGGAGAAAUGCAAAAGAGUGGACGCCUGCAAUCUACCAGAUGAAUGCAGUGAUAGAGGAGUGCCUUCCAAGUCUUGCAAAACAGCAGAGGAACCAGACAGGAUAUUAACAAAGGGUGCAACCAGCUGUCCUGCCCCUAAAUGUGGUGAUGUGCAGUUCCUCAAAGGAAUACUGAAGAAGAACUCCAAGUAUGUUGUGGGAGAUACCAAAUUCACUUACACCUCAGGCCACUUUGUGUUCCCCAAACAAGUAGCCAUGUCUAUUAGGGACAGUAUGGAGCUGACCAGGGUGAAAGCCAGAGAGCCUGAGAGUGACAAGAGCAUGAAAAAGAAACUCCGCUGGUUUGAUGAGCUAAAUGGCAAUGAGGAGGAGUGUGAGGAGAGAAUGAAGAAAGACCUAAGCAAGCAGGCACCAGCUAAAAGCAAACCAACUCCUCUAUCUCAACAGCCUUCGGUGGACCACCAGCGGGAAUUACAUAACUCUGGGUAUAUGAAUGCACCAACUGGAAUACCAAAGGUGUCUGUUGGACCCAGUUCCACCAGACAAGCCUGGGCAGACGUGAGACCCCAGGAGGAAACCACAGAGGAACCCAAGCCACAGAGGCCAGGUGCUCGUGUUGCUAGUUCACAUAUUCCCCGCAGGGUCCGCUCAGCCAGGACCGUUUCAGGCACCAUAUCAUCUCGGGCCAGGAAAGGUACCAUGAUUAGACCUCAGUCGGCUAGUGAGGCACAGCGUGUUGCCCGAACUCAAGGGAAGGCCAUGGUUCCUCGACCUCCUCCCAAAUGUGAGGUUUUAGAAGCCAAUGCAGUUGAGCCCACCAUUUAUAUCACCAAGGCGGCCUGUAACAACAACUGUCCCAAUAGCAAAGCAGAAAACCCAGACAGCCAGCCUGUAUCUCAGCAUCAUGUGCUGAAAAUUGAUGGUGCUGUACUGGCCCCAGUGCCACCCUCCUAUGCCUACGCAUACGAGACCAUGUCUAAAGGCAUCUAUGCCCUCUGCCAGCCAGAGGCCCAGAUGGGGAGUGCCAGGCGGCCGCUCCAGUGUGGAGAGAACGGCAUCUGCCUGGAUCGCACGCCAACGGACGAGGAGAUCUCACUGCUGUGGCAUGGAGUUCGCAGUGCCUUAGCCAGCAAAGAGGGUGACCCUCGAAGCUUCCUGACUCACAAUGGCUCGUUGUCUGCUUUGCCUCAAGGCCGUGCCAAUUUGUCCCAUGUUACCAUCAAUGGAGAUAGCCUGCUCAGUGGCGUCAAAGCUGUCACAAGAAUGGGUGGCUUUUUCCUCUCCCCCUCCAACGUGAGGACUCCAGUGAGAAGACCCACUGUGGAGAACAAUAUUGUGAAAAACAGAGUGCAUGUGGAUCAUGGCAGAGUUCAAGCCACAGCCGGAGGAGACCGGAAACAAAAGUUUCUUUAUCAGGCUACGGUACCAAUAAGCAUGUACUCAAGCAAAGCUGACCAAACAGUGCAUGAUGAAGAGGUGAUGAAUGGUGAUGGUCAGGAUGUGUCUCAGCUGCAGAGGUCCAGGAUGGUCCCACAGCAGCAUCAGCAGCAGCGUGGACAGGUGUUUGGCCUUAGUGCUCUGUCUCUUGAGGAACAGAAACUACUGCAGUCCCUCGACAGACUCAACCACCGGCUGCAGUAUGUGCAAGAUAUGACUGCAGGAAACACAGCACUGAAGGGAAUCUUUGCCUUGGAGUGUAAUAACCAGUCUCCCCAGACCAGUGAGGUUUUGGGUACCACCCAGCGCAGGUAUCAGACCGGCUCAGCUGAAAACCGCACCCACUCUUACAGGCGUUAUUGACUCCAGCUCCCAGAAUGCACUUCUCUCCAGCCUUGCAGCCUUCCUUUCUAUGCUGGAAUUCUCUUUUAAAGAAAAACUCCAGUGUACUUGAACCUAAUCUCUUUUGCAUCUGCUUUAUAUGGUCAAUUACCGCAGACAGAAAUUUCUCUGUUAAAGGGCCCCUAUCAUGGAAAACCAGAUUUUCUUGAUUUAGUAUAUAAACAUUGUUAAAGUUUCAAGAUAAACUUCAGUCCAUACAUGCAAAUUAAGCUACAAAAACAGACCAUUUAAAAUUCAGUGUUUUUGUGAUUUAAUGAGAAAAAAACUAAUUUGUAUACAUUCCUUACUUGGUCUACAGCAGCUUAGUUCCACCCUUUCACACUGAACUUAUAAGGAGCAUUUCAGUCUAGACUUUCUAAAUGAGGCUACCAAUCAGAACAAAGCUUAUUUACAAGUUUGUCUUAAAGGCACAGUAGCAAAUGUGGCCUGUUUAAUUCUAAAGGCAUUUACACACAGAGUGCAAAUUAUUCAUGGGAUUUAAUUUUUUUAGACAAAAAAUUUUGAGCAUGUUUGACUGAUAAUUUAUCACACACCAAAUGCAAUUAUUCAAGUGGCAAAAAUGCUACAUUAUUUAAUCCGUCCCUCUGUUAGACUCUUAUGAACUUUUGUUAGCAUUAUGAACUCACUGGUCAUCAUUGUCGUCCCUGGUGUUGGCAUUGCAACAGCCAAGAUGACAGAUUGUGUCCCAGUUACUGGAACUUUUUCACACGUCAAAAGAUUAGAAUCUGCAAAAGCUCAAAUGGGGCUCAAACUGAACAUCCAUCCACAUGGAAGCAUUCAAAGAUUCAGUUUCUGAAUGAAACGAUGAAGCUCUCCAUGCUAACUUCACUUUUAUAGAAAGGAAAGUAGCCCAGUUUGCCCAUUCUGCAAGGAGCAAAAAAUGUUUUUCGGAUUUGAAGACAUUCCGCCCAGUCAUUUUGUGCUUCGCCAUGUGUGGAGGUGCAUCUGGAACCUCUCUCUCUCCAUUCUCCUUUUGUUUUUCCAAAGUGGAGCAUCCUGCAUAAUGUCACAGCUUACCCAUUUCAUGAGAUUCCCAUUCUUCUUGAUAGAUGUUCCACCCAUUUUUUUUCACCACGCCAACAAUGCACCAAAUUACCCCAAAAAAGCGUCACACCUGGUGUGUGUAGACUUGACGUGGAAAAAGCCUAAAUAUUUCACAUUUUCAAACAUUUAUUUACUUUCUUUUCAGUGUGUAACAGCCUUAAAGGAUAAAGAAAGGUUGGAAAAUUGUCAUUUAUGAAUUAAUUUAGCCAGUGUUUGAUACAUAAAACAUUGUAAGUGAACCUAAAUAAACAAAACAAAAUACCCUUUAAAGAACCAAAAAAAACCUGUUGGUUUGCUUCUAUUAUAAAUGAGCUUGAGUCAACAGGUUAUUUGUGCUUUUGCUAACUACAAGGAAGCAUUGAAAUUAAUGUCUGUGGUUUUUGACCAUAUGAUACAGAUGUGACCAAAAGAUAUUAGGUUGAAAAUCGCUGGCCUAUUCCUUUAAACCCUUAAACUGACAAGCACUUUAUCGUUCUUGCUCUGGCAGACAGUAUUGCUGCACAGCGCAGCUUCUGGACAGCUUUGGUCUGCACUGAAAUGCUUUUUAGACUUUUGUUUAGACUGAAACCCAUAAUCUGACAGCACUGGACAUACAGACCAGCCAUAGUCUAAACCAUAUUUAUGUGAUAUAAAUGGAUAGUAAAUAAUUUAAUAUUUAGAUUUGCCCCUAAAAUUAGCACAGAUUUUAUUUUUCUAAUUUAAGUGUAUUUCUGUACGUACAUGCUGCACAGUAACGCAGUGCUAAAGUUGUAUAUUGGAUGUACUUUCGUUUAUGCUAUGUACAGUAAUUAUGUGAAGUAAAAAGAUGUUUCUAUGAAA